AUGCAACAGAAAAUAGAUAUUCACGGUAGCGAACAGUUCUGCAUCGGACGGAAUGCAGAGCUCUGCCGACAUACCUUUUCAGAAUCAGUCAUCUCAAAUAGACACCUCCGAAUACAUUGUGUGCUUUACGAACAAGAUCGCAUCUAUGAGACACCUCCAUUCGUCUAUGCUACUGAUAUGUCGCGGAACGGCACUUACCUGCGCAAGAGUAACAUUGGGUGUACGAGCUCCCAAGGUCGUGGCGUAUUGAUGGGGCAGAAGUCCGGUGCAUUCCUGCUUGACAAUGGAGAUGAGCUCCGAAUGAGUGAUUCACUGACUCUUAUCUACCGUUCUCACAUUCCUCCAACUGCCAGUGGGCUGACAGCAUUGCAAAAGCGAGAGGCGCGACUCUUCUCGUCACGGUUCCUCCUCACAGACCGCAUCCUCGGCAUUGGAGGCUACGGAAAGGUCGUGAUUGCACUUCAUCAGAAAACUCAGCGUCAGGUAGCUUGCAAGAUCAUCAAACUUUCAUUAAAUGCUUCGAAACCAACAACAUUGUCCCUUCGACACUCUACCAAUGGUACUCGUCCAAAAGCCUUGCCAUCGCGAUCGGCAAAGUGCUUCAGAGAAUUUGACAUCUUGAAGGAUUUGAGUCACCCGAACAUUAUCACACUCGAGAAGGUAUUCUGGAGCUCGAACAGCAUCUAUAUCUUGGAGGAGCUUGUUACCGGUGGAGAUCUCUUCUCCUAUGUCGAGUAUAAAGGCGGCCGACUCGGCGAUGUCCAAGCUGCCGUCAUUGUGAGACAGAUUCUCAAGGGCGUUGAGUAUCUCCACGAUCGAGACAUCGUUCACAGAGAUCUAAAGCCGGACAACAUUCUCAUGACUUCUCUCGACGAUGGCGCUCGCAUAGUCAUUACUGAUUUUGGAAACGCUCGAGCACUACCGGAGUGGACAUCAGUGUCGCUCGACAAGCUCCUUCACAAGCAGCGGAUGUUCUCUUACGCUGGGACUCUCGAGUUUGCAGCUCCUGAAAUCCACAAGAAGAACCCCCUCAUCUCAGAGGAUGGCGGAUAUUCAAAGAGCGUAGACAUGUGGUCUGUCGGCUGCCUCACAGCUCUUCUCCUCUCUGGCGAUGUCAUCUUCACCGACCGCGCAGACCCACGGUACGAAAAGAAUCCCGCCGCAGUGAUCCUCGGUCUCGCAGCCACCUGCAACCUCAGCGUCCUCGACGACGAGACCCACACCACCUGGUCGCAAGUAGGCUCCCGGCCCCGAAACUUCAUCAAGAAGCUCCUCCAGCUCGACGAAUCCAAGCGCAUGACAGCCACCGAAUCCCUCCACCACCCCUGGUUCUCCGACAAAAAGUACGCCCAAGAGUUCGACGACCUCUACCAGCGAUCGAUCCGCACCUGGCGCCCACGUCCCAAGAUCGCCCAACUCGUCGAACCAAUC